AAUCUCACGCUGCAAUCUCAGUAUAAAACAUAGUCUGUGAUCGAGUGCUUCAAGCGAAUGUGAAAAUUGCGUGGCUACGAUCAAAGAUAUCUCAAGGAACUCUUCUCUAUUUCUACAUCCGAUUGUUAUACUCAGCAUACCUUAGGAUAACAAACGAACAUGCUGAUGAAAAUCUUACCGUUGCACGAGGUGCUCAGCAUGCUGUCCUGGCUGGAAGGCACAUGGAUAACGGAGGAGCCGGCGGCCGGCAUAUUUCCGACCAUCAAGCCCUUUAAUUAUCACGAUGAGAUAAAUAUCACGUCUAUAGGUCAACCACUGUUCAAUUAUAUCGCGCAAAGUUGGGAUCCAGAAACGGGGACGCCGAUGCAUCGAGAGAUUGGCUUCCUACAGAUCGCGCCGGGAACGAAUCAAGUCAGUCUCAAUCUGAUUAAUAAUCUGGGUAUGGUCACGAUUGAACAGGGUAAUCUACUUAACAAGACCAUCGACUUGAAGGGCAACAAUGUAGUGAUGACGGAUAUUGAGAAAUCGCCGGCCGUGACACUGACACGCCGAGUAUUCAAACUCGAUGGUGAUCAAUUGGAACAAAUUUUCUACAUGGCGACAUCAAAGACACCCGAACUGACGGAGCACUUGCAUGCGAAGUAUAAGAAAGUAGCAUAAAAAAAGAGAAAACAAUUUUCGAAGAAGAAUGAGAGAGACGCGGAAGUAAGAUAACUUCAUACAAACUCACAUUUUUUCGCAUUUUGUUAUAAAUAUGCGAAUAGGAGCGCGAAUAAAGAGUUCUAGAGAAGCGUGUGACGCACAACGCAAUCUGCGAUGCAGUUAAUAAAUACUGCAAUGGCUGAUUUAGCUUAUUAAUAUAUAUGGUAUACGUAUA